GAAGUGCCAGUGUCUUUUUAGCGCGCAACGUGACAUGACUUUAGACUAUUGUACUUUGCUGACUGUUUUUAAUGUUUUUUUAACCAUUUUUCUAAUAUAUCGCAGAUAUCAGUUAACUUUCGGCAAUUUCUAAAACAUCGCUUCCAGGAUUAUUUUAAUAUCACGAUAUCAGCCUUCCUGCUUCUGGACUUCAAUUGUUUUCGUCAUCUUACUUUUGAGUAUAAAUGGCCAAGCUAAAUACUGGUUAUAAAAGGUGGAGCCUAGAUUGCCAUGAUGUUUCAACAGAAGUAAUGGAAGACCUAGGAUUAUCUGCAAUGGAUGAUGAUUCAAAUUCUUGUAGCAAUCCUUCAAUUAAAGAAGUGCCAGACCACAUCCCAGAGCCUGCUGUAAAAAGGAAAGAAUGUUCACCAAUAGCCCCUUCAUUAGUUAGAAUGGAAUUCUCAGAAGAUGACCAGUCUUGUGAUAGCUUUCUGCUAUCAAAGCGAAUGAGAGUGGAAGGACCACCUGGUAUUGAUGGUUUCUCUCGACUGUCAGAUGAAGUCAUACUUAGUGUUUUCAAAUGGCUCCCAAAAUCUACAAUGGCCAAGUGUGCUCAGGUUUCAAAACGGUGGAAGAGACUGUCCUAUGAUGAGGUUUUGUGGAGAAGGUUGGAUCUGAGUGGUACCUGCCUAAAACCAACCAUACUGGGUAAUGUACUGUUAAGAGGGACCCAAGUUUUAAGACUUGCUAAAACUGAGAUUUGUGAUCCAAUAUAUCCUGCCAGUUGUCCCCCACCUCAAGAAUGCCCAAGUUACCAAAAUCUCCAGUUUUUGGAUUUGAGUAUGUCAUCUAUUUCAACACAAGGCCUCUUUGAAUUAUUUGAGUCCUGUAAAAAUCUGAAAAAACUUAGUUUGGAACAUUGUAUUGUUGAUGAAAAAGCAUGUAAGGCAUUGAGUCAAAAUGAGCAGCUGGAAGUGCUAAACAUGUCUAUGUGCUAUGGCGUCGGAGUUGCGGAAUUAAAAUACAUUAUGGAGGGGUGCAAGAAGCUCGAUAGUUGGAAUUUGGCUUGGACAGACUUGAGCCCUGAAGCACUACAGUUGCUCUGCUCAUCAGCACCAAAAACGUUGGAGCGCAUCAACAUAAGCGGAUGUCGCGUGACGCUCAAAGAUGAAAACGUACUUUCCCUUUGUCAACGAUGUCCAAAUCUAGUCGAGUUGGAUAUCAGUGAUGCAACGUCUGUAACAUCGACUUGUGUGAAUUAUAUUCACGAAAAUUUGACACGACUUGAAUAUUUGGCAAUGGCACGAUGCUACAAUGUGCCGCUCUCCGUAUAUCUAGUGUUCCAAAGAAGUGGCCUCUUGUAUCUUGAUAUUUUUGGUCUAUUGACGGAAACGAUGCUUACCACACUUCGGACUAAACUACCGCACAUUGAAAUCAACAAGUUUUACUUUUCCAGUGUAGCAAGACCAACGGUCGGAAUUCGACGUACCUCGAUUUGGGGAAUGAAAGUCAGGGAAUAAAAUCAAAGUCAUGUUUGUUAUAUACAUUAGGAAUACAUUUCGAUGUAUUCAUA